AUGGUUCGCAACGCACUUCUCUCUCUCGGCCUGGUCGCUGCUGCUGCCGCUGCUCCUUUACUUCCUCGUCAGAAUGUGGAGUGUGUGAGCGGUCUGWACAUUCUUUCGGCUCGUGGAUCCACCCAGGCUCCUGGUGAGGGAUCAGUAGGCGUCGUUGCGGACGCAAUAGAGGCAUUGGUUCCAAACUCCGUGAGCAGUGCGAUCAUCUACCCUGCCGCACUCAUCGACGACGAUGGCAUUUACUUUCCAUCUGUCAAUGACGGCAUAACAAACACCAAGGCGCAAAUCAAAGCUUACGUCGACAAAUGUGGCUCUGCAUCUCGCAUAGCACUCAUCGGCUACUCACAAGGUGCUCAUGUCAUGACCGAUACCAUGGCCGGAGGCUCCAUCACACAAGGUCCCAUCGAAGCAGAAUACGCGCAAUACAUCAAGGCCAUUGUUGCAUUCGCGGAUCCUCGACAUGUUGCGGGUCAGGUCUACGAUCGAGGCACAGCGACCCGCGACGGCCUCUUUGCUCGCGUUAGUACUUUGAGCAAACUCAAUGAGUUCAGCUCAAUCCUGCGAAGCUACUGCGACAAGAACGAUCCUUUCUGUGCACGAGGGCUGGACCUGAACGUGCAUUACGACAAUGUUGAUACGUACAUGGAUGAUGCCGUCAAUUUUGUUGUUGGAUUGACAAUGCAGUAA